AUGGCGAUCGGGCGUCAAACGCUUGCCUUGGUGCUCCUGUCCUUUCUGUGUCACAGUGCAGCAUUUGCUGUAAUACUCAGAACAACUGAAAAAUCUGUGUGGGCCAAUGAAUUUGAGUCCAUUGAGUUGACCUGUUUGAUAGAGUCAAUCUCUACAAACAAUCCCAGGAUUGAAUGGAAGAAAAUCAAAAAUGGUGUUCCCAGCUAUGUCUAUUUCCUAAAUAAAAUUUCAGGUGACUUGGAGCACAGAGCAUUGCUUAGAGAGCCCGCAAACCUUCUGAUUCUGAAUGCCACCAGAUCAGAUUCCGCAGAGUAUCGCUGUGAGGUCGCAGCCAUCGAUGAUCAGAAGCCCUUCGAUGAAAUAUUGAUCAGUCUGGCAGUCAGAGUGAAGCCAGUGAUGCCCAGGUGCAGUGUUCCAGAGGCUGUAACAGUGGGCUCCACAACAGAACUACGAUGUAUUGAAAACGAGGGCUUUCCUCAGUCACAGUACCAGUGGUUCCGUAACAACGAGGAACUACCAGAGGACCCAAAAACCAGUGUCAAGUUCUACAACUCUUCAUACAUCAUGAACACAGAGACUGGUUCACUCAAAUUCCGGACUGUGAAGAAAGAGGAUGCUGGAGAAUAUCAUUGCCAGGCCAUGAAUGAGGCUGGAUCUUCAAAGUGCAGUCCACAGCCCAUGGAAGUCUAUGAUCUGGACAUUAUGGGGAUAUUCUUCAAGGUGUUAGGUGGAGUGGUAGCAUUUAUUUUUGUCACUGUGGGCAUCUGUCAAAUUCAGAAAAGUGGCUACUGUUCGUGCAAGGAUCAUAGAGAAACUGACUACAAACUACCCCAACAUGAGAGUAGGAUGGACUAUGCCAGUCCAGAUGAGGGACAUUUUCGUCACAAGUCCUCCUUUGUCAUAUAAAAUCCAAGAUGCAGAGACAAGUGCUUCAGCUGUGAGAAGGCCCUGUGAGACUUUUGAGCUUUCAAAUGGUGCAUUUUAUGCAGAGAUGUAUAAACUUGAGCUUCUUAGCUUGCCAAAGUUAUUACAAGAACUGAAAACGAUAAGGUUACAACUGUAACCAUGGUUCCCUGAAAUGAGAGAAUGAAAUGCUGCGUCGCUGACACUGUGGGUUUUAUCCCCGCAGUUGUAGCCAUUCUCUGAAACUCUCUAAAAUUUUGCCAAAUUUAAUUGACAGAUAGCAUUUUGUGCUCUGCCUCCCUCGUGCACAUCAGGGGGCGUAUAUUAUUGGGGUGCACAGUGCUAUCUCUUCAGAAUAUUCGACCGAAGGGUGCAAGCGAUAAUCGACUUUUGUAGUGAAAAUUCAGUAGCGCGGACAGCUAACGCAGCAUUUAAUUUAGUCCUUUCAAGGAACCAUGGUUACAGUCGUAACCUUAUUGUUCUCUUUCAAUUCAGUCAUGAAUGCUGCUUCAUAGCUGACACUAUGGGUAAUCAUCGCCAUGCAACUUGUUUGCAUGUGCAACAAUGCCUACUAGCCAAUGGGGUGGUACAAAUCUCCAAAAGACUCCUCUUCGCAUCGCAAUAAUAAGGGAGAAGCAGAAGCUUUGCAGAUCCUUGGCAUUCUUGCUGUCAGUUUGUCCAGAUACUCAGGUGACAUUUCACCGCACACUUCCUGUAGCACUUGCCAUAGAUGUGACUGUCUUUUUGGGCACUUCUCAUGCACCUUAGAGUCUGGCUGAUCACACAAAAGCUCAAUGGGGUUAAGAUCCAUAACACUCUUUUCCAAUUAUCUCUUGUCCAAUGUCUAUGUUUCUUUGCCAACUCGUUUUCUGUUUCAAAAGUGGCUUUUUCUUUGCAAUUCUUCCCACAAGGCUGAUGUACAUCUUCUCUUUACUGAUGUACAUGAAACUGGUGUUGAGCGGGUAGAAUUCAACAAAGCUGUCAGCUGAGGACAUGUGAGGUGUUUAUUUCUCAAACUAGAGACUGUUUCAACUGUGUUUGAUAUAAUGGUGUAACACAGUUAAAGGAUGGGCAAGGAGGAGGCGAGAACCGGCUUGUCAACAUAAAUAAUAAUUUAAUAAGAAACUUAAAACACAACAUAAACAACCACACAUGCGGACAUGCCAGUAAUUCUCUCUUUUCUCGAACAAUCGUCACCGGCCACCUUUAUCCCUCGUGCGCCUCAUCAGGCCGAUUGGGGACCGGGCGCGCGAUAUUCCGACCCGGCCCCGCCCCCCUCCGCUCCACAUUCCUCCCGGCGUUAUCUCAGUUACACCCCCCCUAUCCCUGGGGCGGGGUGUAUCUCGCGUGGUCAUCCCCGCCUUCCUCGCCCUGGGAGGAGACAGAAGGGGACAAACAACAACAAAAUAGGCGAGGGAAAAGGCCAACACCGGAAGGGAGAGAGAGAGGAGAGAGAGAAAAAGCUCACUCACCGGUUCUCUGAUGUACCGUCGCGUGGUCCACGAACACUCCUCCACACUCAGCCGCUCCAACCCCGGGCGAACCGGCGUGAAACCUUCGACCCCCAGCGGGCAGAACGCGCCUCCGCUUUCCUGGCAGCAAAUGGGGACACUCCUCCGCCCCUGGCAGUGGCCCUACCUUUCCGGGCGGUCGGAGAGUUUCUUCACUCCUCCCCUCGCGGACGGCGGUCUCCCUCGACCCCUCCGCGUCUCUGGAGACGGCAGGGCACUCCUCCGCCCCCGGCAGCGGCUCCCUCGCUCCAGGCAGUCGGGGCAUCCCGUCCCCACUUUCCCCGCGGACGACAGCCGUUCCCCGCAGUCGGGCUACUCCGUCACCCGGCAGAUGGCAGCGGCGCUCCCCAGGGUGGAUGGCAGUGUCGAGGACUCUGCGACCGGCAUCCCUCCUCCUCCCGGCACCAAUGUAACACAGUUAAAGGAUGGGCAAGGAGGAGGCGAGAACCGGCUUGUCAACAUAAAUAAUAAUUUAAUAAGAAACUUAAAACACAACAUAAACAACCACACAUGCGGACAUGCCCGUAAUUCUCUCUCUCUCUCGAUCAAUCGUCACCGGCCACCUUUAUCCCUCGCGCGCCUCAUCGGGCCGAUUGGGGACCGGGCACGCGAUUUUCCGACCCGGCCCCGCCCCCCUCCGCUCCACAAAUGGCAAGUGAUUUUCAGUUACCAAAUUAGCAAUUUAGCAUGAUUACUCAAGGAUAAUGUGUUGGAGUGAUGGCUGCUAGAAAUGGGACCUGUCUAGAUUUGAUCUAAAAUAACUUUUUUCAAAUAGUGAUGGUGCUGUUUUUUACAUCAGUAGUGACCUGACUAUACUUUGUGAUCAGUUGAAUGCCACUUUGGUGAGUUAAAGUACCAAUUUCCUUCCAAAACAUCAAAAUCUGUACAUUAUUCCAUGCUUUUGGCCACCAGUGUACUUGUAAACUCACUGUAUCCAAUGGAUCGAAUGGCAGGCCCGUGAGGGCUUUUAACACAUGCGCCAAGUCCCAAAUCGGUGCGGUGAUGGUCUCAAAUGCCUAACACCACGUACGAAUUUCACAAUGAAAGGAUGUCUGCCUAUUGAUAGACCACCCAGUGGGGUAUGUAUGGUUGCUAUGGCAGCGAAAUACACUUUGUGCAUAGAUGGGGUGAGAACCAUGUCAAAAUUUUCCUGUAGAAAGAAACGUAUAGGCUGUACUGUGCAUUGUACAGGGUCCUCGCCUCGAGAGGAACACCAAUCAGUGAACACUUGCCAGUUCAACGUGUAUAGACGUCUUGCUGAGGGGGCUCUGGCUUGUAAUAUGGUGUCGAGCAUCGGUUGCGAGAACCUGUGCGCAUCAGUCGGGCACCGUUCAGUGGCCAAACUUGAAGUUUCCACAAUUAUGCAAUUAAAUUGCAGGAGGACGAGGAAGUUGGUCCCGGUAACUGUCCGGGAAAAUGACUGAAGCUCUGUGGGGACUCGGGUUCUCUUGGCAAGUUUAGGAGGGUGUUGACCCUAGUAAGAGUGCGAGCGAGUCUGAGGCGCUGCAGAGCCCCCUCGUCUCGGCAAGAGGUACUUAUAGGCCUGGGACUGCUUCUGCGCCACCUGAAACCUUUCGGUGAAAGCACUAAUGGCAUCAGCGAACAGGCAUUGUUGAGACAAUGGGGCAUCUAACAGCAAGGCUUUGACCACAUUAGCCUGAAGAGCCAUGUCAAUGGUACAACGCAGCUCUGUGAAGGAUUCAGGAUCCGGUCUGCUUGUGCCCAUUUCCCUCAGCAGACCAGCCUGAUUGGCUUGCAACCAGCAGACCAGGCUGGUUGGCAUGGUGUGCAAAUCCAAGUCAGUGUGACCAACCGCUGUGUAGGCCUUAUCCAAGAGGGUAGAUUUCUUCUUGCAGGGCCUGAAUGGAUGAGUGGGCCUGGAUUUCAAGGCAGGGUCAAGGAGGGGCUCAGGUGAGCUGCCAAUUAUUGUAUAUACCCACUCUUCAGCACGAUCCAGCAUCGUGCAGUUGGCAGCUCCCGAGACCAGGCCUUUGUGAGCUCUUCAUACAACUCAGGGAAGAACGUCACUGGCUGGCGGACAUGGAGCUGUGCCGGCUCAGAUAGAACGCUCAGGUGCAUCAGGAGUGGGUCAAUCCAAUUUGAGGUUCUUGACGGCCUGAGCGAGCACCUGAAACAGUUCAGUUCAAGUUUCAGAGACAUUCGCUCGGUCUUCCUCUCCUCGGAGAGAAGUCCUGGCAAGCUCAUAUGUCGACUGUGUUCAGGGCUCACCUUCCGAUACCAUAUCAUCCAUAUACUUAGAGUGACUGCCAAACAUAAUGGAGCCCCUAAGGGGAUAUACCGCUCACGCGGUGGAAAACAUUUACGGAACGCCAUAUUUAAAAAGAAGUCAUUAAGUAAAUGGCUCUUAUGGAUUGUACACAGUAUACAGAUACAUACAAAACAAUCAGGCUGUAGCGCUUAUGUUUCACGCUUACAGAAAAAGAUGCAAUGCAAUAAAUCAAUAACAUUUCUGUUGAGGCCCACGGGCCGUAGAAUAAUUCGAGCACUGUGAGGCAGUGAAAACGGCAAAGAUGUCUCUUCUACCUGCUGUCCCGUAGGAGGAAAAUUCCAACACUGCUGUUCAACGGUGAAGGUUAUUAUCCGCAAACGCCAGAGCACCACAUGGGUUAGAAAAAAACUGAGAUUCACCCGCUGGUGCAGUCUUGACAGCGAUUCCAGUAGAAGAAAUCAAAUUUCCAUGCAGAUUAUGAGCGAGAGUUUAUCUGUAACCUGAAGGAUACAAUUCUGAAGAGAUAGUACUGUGCAUGCCCAUUAUAUACACCCUCUGAUAUGCACACUGGAGGCAGAGCUCAAAUCACUAUCUGCCAUUUAAAAUUGGUGAGAUUUUAAAGAGUUUCAGAGUUUGGCUAUGCCUGCAUGGAGAACACCCAAAGUGUCAGCUUCGCAGCAUUGAAAUGACAACUUGAAAGGGAACUACUGUGUUACACAGGGAAAUUUUCUUCCCUCAUAUUAAUUGAAACUCACAGACAGGAAUUGAAAAGUUUUACUCUGAAAAGACAUGCAUCUUGUGUUACAUGCAUCUUGUCAAAUGCAAACAAUUACAGGACACUGUUUUAACAAAUUACAAAGGACGUGUUUUAAAAACUCAUAUAGCCACAGAAGGUUUUAAAGGUGCACACUAUUUGAAACAUACAUAUAAAACCAUGAGAACUCACAUGAGAGGGUCCCCACAUGGGGACUUCCAUGUUAGAUCACAGGACCAUCAAAAUACUACUCACUUAAUCUCAGUAACUGCCUUGUUAUGAGAUAAUUUCUCUCAAGGAUUAUAUUAAUCAUGGCGGACUGUGAAUAGUGUAUAACUUUUGUGUUUGAAUGAUGCUGCAUCCACACCCCUAGGUGUCAUUGUAAGUCCAAGACAACACAUUCAAAAAAAUCACUGAUUGCACCUUUAAGUCUGUCCAAAUAAUUUUAAAAUGUCUGAAUGUCAGUGGCAGACUGUUGGUUAAUUCCUUUUCAGUUUAUUGGUAUUGCUACAAGGCCGAAAUCGCAUCCAGGUGCUGCUGUAAUUUUUUGCCCAAAGUAAUCAACACAUAAUACCAGUGCAGGACGUUAUUAAGGGUGUGUCUUCGAGGGAAAUAUUGUAUUUGCCACUGGAUCGACCUUGACUAUGUGAAUAACACUGUACAAGAAGUGUAAAUGUGUACAAUGCCAUGCCAAGACUGUUUUAUCUGGGUCACUUUUUGAGGAUUUGAAGUGUUAGUGUUUUAGUAGUGGUUAUUUAGAUUAUGAAUUCUAAAAUUGUAGCAUUUUAGUUUGAGAUUUAAUCAAACUUUUCUGUAAAGUCUGUUGACUUGGAUGUGCUAGAUGACUAUUUUAAUUAGUUUCAUUUUUUUAAUAAUCCUCUAGAUACAGAUUAAGCGCUUGGGUUUUUUGAGUGCCAUUUCUGUGUUUAAGUGACCUUCAAUAAUUGUUUUAUACAUUUUGGACAUAUUGUUCAGGUUUUUUGACUCUGUGUUAUUGUUCUAAUCUAUUUGUAAUAAUUGCAUACAUUAUAGUUCACUGAAGACUAGUAGCAGGAUAGACUGUGGGCCAGGUCAAAUAAAAUAAAAAUUAUUAUGUGGGAGCAAUCAACAUAAUGACUAUCCUUUAAUUUUUCCCAUUGAUUUAUUCAAUUCUAAAAGCUUUAUGUAUAUAAUUGGGCCAUCAAAUUACUGUAUAUGUACCAAUACUUGCAGUGGAACUCAGAAACUAGCUUGAAGUUUGAAAACAAGGACAAAAGACAACCAAACUCAAUGUUUGUUUGUUUUUUGUUGUUUUUCACUUUUUCAUGUAAUUUUUUCUCAUGACAUGUCCCACUGUCUAAAAACUGUUUGUCUGACUGUUAAUAGUACAACAAAAAAGAGAGCCUGGGUUCUGUCACCAUAGUUUGUAUGUGUUAUAGCUGGAAUUUGUUCUGAUAUGUUGGGAGAAAGUUGAAUUGAAUUAAUCUAAUGGGCAUUUAUCAUGGGCUUGUAUAUGACUAAACAAAUGUACCUGUGCUUUCAAAAUGGAUAGGGGGAAAAUGAUACCAUCUGUGAGUUAGCCUCAAUGUGUAAAGAAAUGUUUAUGUAUUACAUCGCAUAUAUUAUUUUGGUUUGAUGGCAACAAUGGUAUGUUUUUUAUUUAAAGCACAGUAUUACCACACUUUUUCCCUUUGGCAUUAUUGUGCAACAGUCAUUGUGCAGAAAGAAACAAGUUGUAUUUGUUUUUGACCCAAUGUUGGGAAAUUUACUCAAAACAGUAAUUACUUAAUACUACUGUAACAUUGUAAUCACAUACUGACUUUACUUUUUUUACUUUAUUGGAAAAGUAUUUACACUACAGAUUACUUUUAAGUUACUUUCUAUAAACACUUCUCAUAGAAAAGUUAUUUUUCCACUCAACAAAUUCAAAAUGUCUAUAUUUCCUCCCGCACCACAUUUCAGCUCUAAAAUUUCAAAUGUAUUUACAUAAACAUAAUUAAAAAAAUGUGUUUAACCCAAGUAACAUACCUAAAAUGAAUAAACUUAAUUAAAAGUCAAUAACUUUAAUCUGAUUACAAUAUUUUAAAUGUAAUUAAUACUUUGUACUUAGAUUACACCCAGCACUGAUUUGACCUUGGCUAUCAAGAAUGAACCCAGGUUUUGUUCCGCUACACUGUUUUCAAACAAUUCUUAUAAUUUUAAAAUUAUAAAAACUGAUAAACAAUACUACUGGAAAUCUGGUAACUGACAUUCCACUAUGGUUAAAUGUUGAAUGUAUAUGCUUAAAGUUCACAUGCUAAACUGUCCAGUUACUUUUGUAUGUCUGUAAUGCGUGCUGUUUUUUGUGAUGUAAAAUGAAAACACUUUGCCACAGAGAUGUGCAAUUCUCUUUGGCAUUACAUGCUUGUACUGUCAAAAAAUAAUCCACUAUACAGUAUAAUGCUUAGAAUAUUUCUCAGGUACAAGGAAUUGACCAUUUAUGUAUACAAUUAAUGUGGUCAUGUAAUCGGUUUCCUUUUAUUAAUGUUCUUUAAUAAUAAAGACAUUCAUAUAUU